UGUCAUAAGACCAUCAUUUUUAUUCUUUGUGAUUUUUAAAACUUAUCACUUAUUUUGUCCUUUGUUUGUGCAUCCUCGUAUAAUUACAUUCGUUGGUAUGUGACAGUUCAGUCACGUGUGGUUGGUAGGAUUGAGUAUUCAUGGUCAUGUGUCAGCAUUUAGUAGAAGUAACCUUUUAACGAGCGUGUGUUUGCAAGGUAUAGCUCUCUAUAGACAUGAGUUCUUUUAGCUUUGUCAAGUCUUCCAGUGCAGUUAGCAAACUAAGUGGUUUAUCCCAAUCUAGUGCUAAGAAAGCUUCUGUAAAACUAGAACUUGAUGUUGAGCAAAAAUUGAGAAAUCUUGAACGGUACCGACACCUAGGGGGACCAGAGUUGAAGGACAAAGUCAAGAGUUUAACGAAUGUUGAUAAAAUAGUCAAUACAAGUUUCAGCCAUCUUGUGGAAGAAACACUUCUCGAAGAGUUGGCAGAGCUGGAUGAAAACCCGGAUGGUGAGUUUGUGAAUCCUACCGAAGUAGUAAAAGCGAAAUCUCGGCAAAAGCGCAGAUCUAUUGACGUUGCUCUCAUCCCUCUGAAGAUAACCAUUCGUGAUCUAAAGUCAAAUCAAACAACUCAACGUCUGCUUGAAACUGUUACCGACAUUUUCAAACAUAAGGAGUUUUUUACCUACGGUGCAAAGCAUGUUUCCCUGACUGUUGGUGACGUCGUGCUGGAAUGGGGCAUAGAGCACUUGGUGGUUCCGUAUAGGGAGUCCGAACAAAAUGAAUCAUCUCUUAACUCUGAUGAACAUGACAUCACUGUUCUUAGUCCUCACAAUGCUGAAGCUGUUGCUGCACUUGAAUUGGAGCCACGGUUGCUACCAAUUGAAGAUGAGAUGGAGCACUUGUUCUAUCGAACCGGCGAGAAGCGUAAAGUGUUUCAAAGACUAGCCGAAGUGAUUUCACAAUACAACAGGACAUAUUACUAUGAUGUUCUCGUCCGCAACUGCCAGACCUUUGUUAUUGAUGCACUCAAGGCUUUAAACAUUUUCGAUGAAGUGUCCAUUAAGGUCGAAGAAAGUAAACGCAUGCAGCAACUUAGAGUCAGAAAAUCGGGUGAGAUUCCAGACAUUUUUUCUAAACAUGAAGAUCUCGAUAUUUUCAUUGGGGAAAAGAGUCAGGAAUGGUUGGACAAGCUGGACCCCGAAAGCUUGGAGUAUCUACAGUUGGUCUACUCGCAGUUCCAUGGUGAUAAUACAGGUUGCCAUGUUACCGGCUGUCGUUUGAAUAUGGUCGCUCAUCCUGGUGUUUAAAUUACAGCUGUUGAUAUGUAAAGAGAACACUUAAUUAUAAUACUUUAGACUAUUAUUUUUGUUUGCUUUUUACAUGUCAUGCUUAAUACCUAAUUUUUGUGACACUGAAUACACAUAAUAAUACCUUUGUCUUAG